CUCAAGAGUUUGGCCGAAUUGGAAUUGUUAUGUACUCACCUCUACGUAGGGACUGAUCUUUCACAAAGAAUAAAGGCUGAGAAAGCACUCUUGGAACUUAUCAACAGUCCAGAAUGUCUCAGCAAGUGUCAACUCUUAUUAGAACAAGGAACAACCUCCUAUGCUCAGCUCCUUGCAGCAACAUGUCUUUCAAAACUUACCAGCCGAAUCACUCCUUUACCUAUUGAACAGAGGACAGAUAUCAGAAACUACAUUCUGCAUUAUGUGGCAUCACAACCUAAGUUGGCUCCCUUUGUCAUCCAAGCUCUUGUUCAAGUUAUUGCUAAAAUUACUAAAUUGGGAUGGUUUGAAGUUCAGAAAGACCAGUUUGUCUUCAGAGAAAUUAUUGCUGAUGUAAAAAAGUUUCUUCAGGGCACUGUGGAACACUGUGUAAUAGGAGUGAUAAUCCUUUCUGAAUUGACUCAGGAAAUGAAUCUGGUUGAUUAUUCUAGACCUUCAGCAAAACACAGGAAAAUAGCUACCUCAUUUCGUGAUACUUCUCUCAAAGACAUAUUUGUACUAGCAUGCUCUCUUCUAAAAGAGGUAUUGUCCAAACCUUUGAAUCUUCAGGAGCAAUGUCAACAAAAUCUGGUAAUGCAGGUCUUGAAACUGGUCCUCAACUGCUUAAGCUUUGACUUUAUUGGCAACUCAGCAGAUGAAUCUGCAGAUGAUCUUUGCACACUGCAGAUACCAACGACCUGGAGAACAAUUUUCCUGGAACCAGAAACAUUGGAUCUUUUCUUCAAUUUGUAUCAUUCACUUCCACCACUACUGUCUCAGUUGGCACUUUCAUGUUUAGUGCAGUUUGCUUCUACAAGAAGGUCUUUAUUUAGCAGUCCCGAACGUACCACAUACCUUGGUAAUUUAAUUAAGGGAGUAAAAAGGAUACUUGAAAACCCUCAGGGUUUGUCUGAUCCAGGUAAUUACCAUGAAUUUUGUCGAUUUUUAGCUUGUUUAAAGUCAAAUUAUCAGCUGGGAGAAUUAGUCAUGGUGAAGGAAUACCCUGAAGUUAUUAGACUGAUUGCUAAUUUUACUAUCACUAGCUUACAGCAUUGGGAGUUUGCUCCCAACAGUGUUCAUUAUUUAUUAACUCUGUGGCAAAGGAUGGUAGCAUCAGUUCCUUUUGUGAAGUCAACUGAACCCCACUUAUUAGACACUUACGCACCUGAAAUCACCAAGGCUUUUAUCACUUCUCGGUUGGAAUCUGUGGCCGUAGUUGUGAGAGAUCACUUAGACGAUCCGCUGAAUGAUACCACUACUGUAUUUCAACAGCUGGAGCAGUUGUGCACUGUCAGCAGAUGUGAAUAUGAAAAGACGUGUACUCUUCUUGUACAGUUGUUCGACCAAAAUGCACAGAAUUACCAAAAACUUCUGCAUUCACCUUCUCGGACAACUCUAGACAUAGCAAUUCAAGAAGGUCGACUUGCAUGGCUGGUAUACUUAGUUGGGACAGUUGUAGGAGGAAGAUUAACAUAUACCAGUACGGAUGAACAUGAUGUUAUGGAUGGAGAAUUAUCCUGUCGAGUUUUUCAGCUUAUAUCUUUAAUGGAUACUGGAUUGCCUCAAUGUUCUAAUGAGAAAAUAGAGCUUGCAGUUCUGUGGUUCUUGGAUCAGUUUCGUAAAACAUAUGUUGGUGAUCAGCUUCAGAGAACCUCAAAGGUUGUACGCCUGAGGAGUGAUGUAUCCAGAGUUCCAGAGAAGGCUUGGAAAAUAGCUAAGGUAUAUGCCCGUAUGUCAGAAAUCUUAGGAAUAACAGAUGACAACCAUGUUCUGGAAACAUUCAUGACAAAAAUUGUUACAAAUCUUAAAUACUGGGGAAGAUGUGAGCCUGUAAUUUCAAGGACUCUUCAGUUCCUAAAUGAUCUUUCUGUUGGCUAUAUCCUUCUAAAAAAACUUGUGAAAAUAGAUGCUGUGAAAUUCAUGCUAAAAAAUCACACGAGUGAACACUUCCCCUUUCUUGGCAUCAAUGACAGUUAUAGUCUCAGUGACUUCAGGUGCCGAACAACCUUCUACACAGCCCUCACUCGCCUUCUGAUGGUAGAUCUAGGUGAAGAUGAGGAUGAAUUUGAGAAUUUCAUGCUGCCUCUUACAGUCUCUUUUGAAACAGUAUUACAAAUAUUCAACAACAACUUUAAACAAGAAGAUGUGAAGCGUAUGUUGAUCGGGCUGGCAAGAGAUCUUCGAGGGAUUGCCUUUGCACUGAACACAAAGACCAGCUACACCAUGCUGUUUGACUGGAUGUACCCAACAUACCUUCCAGUUCUUCAGAGAGCUAUUGAACAGUGGUACGGAGAGCCAGAAUGUACAACUCCCAUCUUAAAACUUAUGGCAGAACUAAUGCAAAACAGGUCCCAGCGUUUGAAUUUUGAUGUAUCAUCUCCAAAUGGAAUUCUUCUCUUCAGAGAAGCUAGUAAAAUGAUUUGUACUUACGGUAAUCAGAUCCUGUCCCUUGGGAGCCUCUCCAAAGAUCAGAUUUAUCCAAUGAAACUCAAGGGCAUCUCCAUCUGCUAUUCAGCUCUUAAAUCUGCCUUAUGUGGAAAUUAUGUCAGCUUUGGCGUCUUCAAGUUGUAUGGGGACAACCAUUUUGACAAUGUACUCCAGGCCUUUGUCAAAAUGCUGCUGUCAGUGUCCCACAGUGACUUGCUACAAUAUCGGAAGUUGAGCCAGUCUUAUUACCCACUCCUGGAAUGUCUCACCCAAGACCACAUGAGCUUCAUUGCCAAUUUAGAGCCUCCUGUGCUCCUCUAUGUUCUCACCUCUAUGUCAGAGGGACUCACAAGUCUUGAUACAGUUGUCUCCUCCAGCUGCUGUACCAGUUUAGACUACAUCGUCACCUACCUCUUCAAGCACAUAGCAAAAGAGGGCAAGAAGCCACUUCGAUGCAGAGAGGCUACCCAGGCUGGUCAGAGACUAUUACAUUUUAUGCAGCAAAACCCAGAUGUCCUGCAGCAGAUGAUGUCCGUCCUGAUGAACACCAUUGUCUUUGAAGACUGUAGAAACCAGUGGUCAGUGUCCAGGCCUCUCCUGGGGCUUAUCCUCCUCAAUGAGAAGUAUUUCAGUGAGCUGAGAGCAAGUCUGAUAAACAGCCAACCUCUCCCUAAGCAGGAGGUUCUUGCCCAGUGCUUCCGGAACUUGAUGGAAGGCGUGGAGCAGAAUCUGUCCAUCAAGAACAGAGACAGGUUCACCCAGAACCUCUCUGUCUUCAGAAGAGAUGUGGCAGAGGCCUUGCGCAGUGAUGGCCGCCCUGAACUAUGUAGUCUGGACAUGAUGAGCUGACCUGACUCUCCAACCCUCUGCCGAGCAGCCAUUAUCAAGAGACUCGGAAUUCUGGGUCUCAAGACAGUGAUGCAGGCUAGCCCAGGGGAAUCUAUUUUUCAAAACAAAAAGCAAAAGCCCUACCUUUUUAUAAGUUUGGCCUAAUUGUAAAAAUUUAUAAUAGUGCACAAACAAAUUCAGUCUUUGCUCUGAAGAAGCAAAACAUGUGUUUUCAGUCUAUCAGAGAUCAUUACCUGGAUUGUCAUAAUGCUCUGAAAGUAUGUGGAAAUAACAUUUAACCAAAGAACAUAAUAAACCUGGUUUGCACCUAAGUGUGGACUAGUUAA